AUGUUUCCCUUCCAACCAGGGGCACCGUCCUCGCAGGGACAACCGUCACAGUCCUCGGCACCUGUAUUCCGGUCGCUCGGAUCCGCGUCUGUCGUUGAUUGCCCAAUCUGUGGCAUGCACGUUCGAUCGAUCGAAAUCAACGCACACCUAGACGCCGGAUGCGUAACACAUACCAUUGAGAAGAGCCCUGCAAACACCUUCAGCACAAACCGGGCUACAGCCGGACCAAAACGCCCAACACCGCCACCCAGUUCGCCGGCUUCGUCUUCUCAGAAACGUGCUGCGUCCAGCUUCUUCCAGGCGCCAAUGGCGAAGCGCCAAACUACUGCCGAUGGAGCAGGUGAUAUCAACAGCAAGUCAGGGCCUCAAAUAACUAUUCAACAGCAGCAUGCCUCGUCGAAGGCACAUACCGCAGGGGUCAAGCGCAGUUUCGACGAGGGACCUGGCUAUGGCUCGUCGGUUGACACGGCAAACGGAACGUCGAAUGACACACCAGCGUCGGCACGGGGACAAUCAGAGCUUCCAAAGGCUGCAAACGACGCAUAUAUCAUGGCAGCUCAAGGUCCGGCUGCCAAACGCUCGCGCAUAAACCGGGCGGCACCAUUAGCUGAGCGCAUGCGUCCGCAGGACUUGGACGACGUAUUUGGGCAGGAGCUGGUUGGCCCGAACGGCGUUCUGCGAGCACUUAUUGAGGCAGACCGGGUGCCUUCCAUGAUCUUAUGGGGCGGCUCCGGUACAGGCAAGACUACGAUUGCACGAUGCAUCGCACAGCAAGUAGGCAGCCGCUUUGUCGAGAUGAAUGCAACGAAUAGUGGUGGGAUUUCAGAGUGCAAGAAGCUGUUUCAAGAUGCAUCAAAUGAGCUGGCGCUGACGGGACGCAAGACCAUACUAUUUUGCGACGAAAUUCACCGCUUUACGAAGGCUCAGCAGGACGUAUUUCUGAAACCGGUCGAGGCAGGCACAAUCACGCUGAUUGGGGCUACAACUGAAAAUCCAUCAUUUCGCAUCGUGACUGCUCUCCUUUCACGGUGCCGGACGUUCACUCUAGCUCCACUUGCCACAGAAGAUGUUCGGUGCAUACUAGAGCGUGCCGUUCUUCAGGAGACUGGUAUCCCGGCCAGCGAUAACAACCAGGGGUCACCGAACGAGACUGAUAUUUCUGAAGAGACGAAGAAGUUAACUUUCGCUCUUUCCCCUCUAAUUGACCGUGAGCUGCUGGGCUACUUGGCUGCUUUUGCUGAUGGCGACGCCCGGGCGGCUCUCAAUCUAUUAGAGCUGGCUAUGUCAAUCGCAGCACGUCCUCGGGAAGUUGAUAAAAACACGGGGAAAAUCACGCUGUGUACAAAAGAGGACCUUAAAUCUGCGUUAACCAAGACGUUGGUAUACGAUCGUGCUGGGGACCAGCACUACGAUACCAUUUCUGCCUUCCACAAGUCAGUGCGGGGAUCUGAUCCGGAUGCGACACUCUACUACUUGGCCAGGAUGCUGCAAUCAGGUGAAGACCCGCUGUUCAUUGCGCGGCGGAUGGUCGUCAUUGCGUCUGAGGACGUCGGUCUAGCCGAUAGCACAUUACUGUCGCUGGCAACAUCUGCAUAUACGGCAACCCAGCAAAUCGGCAUGCCAGAAGCUCGCAUCCCGCUUGCUCAUUGUGCAGUGGCUCUCGCACUGGCACCUAAAAGCACACGGGCAUACCGUGGGUUAAACAAUGCGUACGCGGCAUUAAGGGAACCUGGCGUCGCAUCGCUGCCGAUUCCUGUACAUCUCCGCAACGCACCCACUCGGCUGAUGAAAGAUAUGGGCUACGGAAAGGAGUAUAAAUAUAAUCCAAACUAUUUGGAUGGACGGGUGAAACAGGACUACCUUCCGGACCAGCUACUGGAUCGCACAUUUUUGGAAACCCGAGACUUGGGAACUGCAAUAGACCCGGAUUUGGAGUAA